ACAAAAAUCCCAAUCAAAACAAAAACCCUAGUGGCUAGUUCCCUGUAAAUGCCUUAAACCCCAGACAGAUCAGCUACCUGGUCGUCGCUGAGCUCCUCUCUCUCUCUCUCUCUCUCUCUCUCUCUCUCUCUCUCUCUCUCUCUCUCUCUCUCUUUCUGGGUCUCUGUAAAGUUUGUACACACAGAACCCAGAAAAUGGUGUGGUUUCAAUGCGAGGACUGCGGUGACAACCUCAAGAAACCCAAGUUGCCCCACCACUUCAACACCUGCUCUGCUCGUCAGCUGUCAUGCAUCGAUUGUGGUGAGAUGUUUGGGAGAGAAACUGUGCAGGGUCACACACAGUGUAUUACUGAAGCGGAAAAAUAUGGUCCAAAGGGGCAAGUGAAAGCUGCUAAUGGGGGAGCCAAGCCCAAUAAGGAUUCCAAGCAGCAAGCCGAUUUCGACAUAACUGUUGGGUUAUCUGAGCGCCCCCCGUGGUUCUGUAGUCUUUGCAACACUAAUGCGACCAGUAGGCAGACACUGAUGCUCCAUGCUGAGGGAAAGAAGCAUAGGGGGAAAGCUCGAGCUAUUCAUGCUGCCAAGCAAAAGGCUAUGCAGCUGGAAGAGUCUGCUCCAGAUACAAAACCACAACCUCAGGAAGCUCCAAAAGGAACAGAAGCACCUGCUUUGCAGGAAGCAUCUGGAGUUAAUACUAUUGAUAAAUGUUCGGAAGCAGAGAAUGGGAAAUUUCUGUCAAAGCAAAAAAGAAAACUAGAAGAGUCCAAGAAUGAAGAAUCCAGAAAAAAGACCAAGGAUACUACAUUAGGGGAAGUAGGCAAUGGGAAAGUGACUCAGAAUGGGAGAGCAGAAGCAAAUAAAAAAGAAACCAAGUUGAAGAAAGAUAAGGAAGAGCCCAAGGCAAAAAUAAAUUGGAAGAAGUUGAUCACAUCAACCUUAAAGACGAAAGAUGGAGUUCUGAAAAUUAGAAAACUGAAAAAACUUGUUCUGAAUGCUAUUGCGGAAUCUGGCAUAACAGAAGAUGAAGAAAAACUGAGUACAAUCUUUGAGGAAAAGAUCAAUUCGAGCUCCAGAUUUAGAGUUGAGAACAAGUAUGUUCACUUGGUGGCCAGGGAGUAGACUACACUUGGUAGCAGAUAACUGAGUUCUAGCAUGAUGUUGCCUUGCUCGCCUUCUUCUAUCUCCAUUCAAGUUUAUGAAAUGAAAUCCAGAUGGUCAGCUGGUCCUCUUGUUGUAUGUGUUAGGAGUAAGAUUUGAGGAGCAUAUGUUUUCUCGGAUAACUUAUAUCUGCUUAACAAGUUUCAGAAGAUAUGUUGGGGUCAUUUUUGUUGUGUCAUAUUCAGACAUUGUGACAAUUGUAACACAAUAUUCAUUCUUUAUCUGCCUCUAAAAUCACAGUUA